GAGACUGUUUUUUUUUUUAGCUAAAAGAUUUUUGUACUAGGUUUGGGUUUGCCACGCAUAAUUCAUUCAUUCAUUGCACAGUAAUUGAAAAAUGGCUGAAACGCGUGGAAAGUGGCUGCUGCGCAACAGGAGAGCCCUUCUUGCACAGCAGGUGGCUCCUGAGGCUCCGCCGGACAACUCUGGGCCCUCCGAGGCAAAGAAGGACAAGAAAACUUCUGCUUUUGACUUUCUGCAGCAGGAAACUAACAGAGCCAAACGAGAAAGCAGUCCAUCAUCCAAUCUCCGCAGGCGUUUUGAAUCACUGGAAAAACCCCUGCUGUCCAGAGAAAUGGUCGAGGAUGCCAUCCGGCUCCGCAAGUUCCGCAACUCUAAGAUUGAAAAUGCUCAGAGGGAGAAAAAUGCCAAAAUCAAGGCUAGUGGUCCAAUCAAUGAUAUCCUCAAAGGUCAUCACAAUAAGGUGUUGGAAAUGUUCAAAAAGGUUGACCAAAAGGCUCAGGAGCACAUGACCUUUGCCAUCCAAACCAUCAAACCUGUUGCUACAGAGAUCGAGGAAGAGGCCAAGUCCAUCGAGUCACAGAGCGCCAUGGCCAAGAAGUUAGCCAAGGCCUUGGAGGGUCACGUCCAGUUCUUGGACCAGCUGAAAACUGCGCAGACCAAAAGAGCCUCCACCCUGCAGAAAGUACUUGCCACUCUUGAAAAGGAAUGUGGUCAGGAGCAGAAAGAAGAGCUCAAAGCUUUCACAGAGAUGGUCGAGGAAGUGAAAGUCCAGUUGGACAAAGCCAUAGUGGAUGAGACCGUGGCCAAAGCCAAGGACUUCUUGAAGACUCUUUGCAAUUCAUUCCAGUGAGGAAACGAUUUUUAAUUUUCAAACUUAAUGGCCUUGGAAAGUGUGUGUUUAGCUGACAAUAAAAAAAGU